AUGUCGCCGUACGAGCGCAUUCUGUCACACGUGAACGCCCCGGAGCUUCGCCGCACCUACCACGUCGUCCUGCAAGAGGAAUACUCUGCUCUGGACAAAACUGUGAGCGAUGCCAUCGCAGCUCUCGUCAAAGUAGAGGUAGUGAGUGAAGCCAUAAACCAACUUGAAGGCAUAAACCAACUUGAACAAGGCAAAGCGCGCAGCGAUACGCUCGGUGAAGUCAUGGACAGCACACGGAGGUCUUGGAAGCAAGAAGAGACGAAACAGGAGAAGAUAAAGAGGGACGAGAUGGAUGAUAACAAUAAUGAUUCUUCAAAUAACGCAUCAUCGUCAUCCAGUACCACCAACGGAGAUGAAGUUGGUGACAGAGAAGAAGUGAAUAAACACAAGAAGAGAAAGCUAGAGGUGGAGUCGAAGCAAGCAAUGGAUAAAUUGACUGAAUCUACUGCUGCUGGCGACGCGAAGCAAAGCGUGUAUCUGUCUCUAGCUUACGAGGCUCUCACAUCUUUGUCCAAGAUAGUUGACAAUAGACUCCAGUUUGAAAAGGAGGGUCAGUGGGCAAAGGCGCUGUCCAACCUCAAGCUGAUCCUCAUUCACCUGUCAAGUCAUGAUUCUCAUGCAGCAGAUAACCCCGCAGCGGAAGUCACUGCUCGUGCACUUGAAGUUACUGUGGCGGAGCUCAGAAAUCUUGAAAUGUCCCUUGAACUCGCCAAGGAAGUACGAUCGUUGAUCACUGCGAUAUCUGUCGCUUGCUCCAAGAACGAGGGCCUGAGGGUUAUUUUUCACCGUGUUCGAGCUGAACUGGAGAGUCUUAAGAUGGAUUUCCCUCGCUCUAUUCACAGAGGCGUCAAGAAACAGAAGAGCUGGUCUUAG